AUGUCACAUCGUAUAAACAUAGAAUGUACAUCAGAGGUUGGUGCGUAUCUAACACUCUCUAACAAUUACUGUUUAGUGGGAGAGUUAAGAUCUAAAAAUACUUUAAAAUAUUUAUUAGAAAAUUUAGACAUGCCAGUUGUAGAAACAAAGAUUAAUGCUACUUCAGUGAUCGGUUCUCUCAGUAGAGGUAAUAAGCAUGGACUGUUACUCCCUUCUACUACCACUGAUCAAGAAUUAUAUCAUAUACGUAACUCUCUACCAGAAAAUGUUGUCGCUAAGCGAAUUAACGAAAGACUUAAUGCACUUGGUAAUAUUAUACUUUGUAAUGAUAAGGUUUGUUUAGUCCAUGGGGAAAUAGAAAAAGAGACAGAGGAAGAGAUACAUGAUAUACUAAAAGUAGACGUUUUUAGACAGAAUAUUGGUAGUGGACCACUUGUAGGAAAAUACGCAGCACUUAAUAAUCAGGGGAUGUUAGUACAUCCUGAUACACGUGAAGACAGCAUGAAAGAACUUAGCGAUUUACUAUGCGUAAAUGUUAUGGCAGGUACAGUUAAUUCUGGAUGUUCUCGCAUUGGAGGAGGACUAGUUGUUAAUGACUGGACUUGUUUCGCAGGACGAGAAACUAGUAAUAUAGAAUUAUCGGUAAUAGAAAGUGUAUUUGAGUUGGGGGAUGAUAUUGACAUUGAAGGUAAGAAAAAGCUUAUUAUUGAUGAAAUAGUACAAUAA